CUGCAUUUGCUGGAGUGAGCUCUUUCCAGACUGCACUUAUUGUCUUUGGGAGAGGCAUCGUUUGGAGAAGGGUGGCUGUAAAUGUGUGUCCCCGCGCUGGCACUGGACUGUCACCCUCCAAGUCUCCUGCACCCUGUGAGAGCCCCUGGAAGCCACCUGCUGUGCCUCUGGGAUGGUGUGACCUCCAGCCAGCUGUUGGCCAUCCCACAUCUGGGUCAAGAUGCCGGUGAUGAAGGGCCUCCUGGCCCCACAGAACACCUUUCUGGACACCAUUGCUACACGCUUCGAUGGCACCCACAGUAACUUCCUGUUGGGUAACGCCCAGGGCCACCGCGGCUACCCCAUCGUCUACUGCUCGGACGGCUUUUGCGAAUUGACGGGCUUCACAAGAACUGAGGUGAUGCAGAAGAACUGCAGCUGCCGCUUCCUGUACGGGGCCGACACCAGUGAGCACGUGGCCCAGCAGAUGGAGAAGGCUCUGGAGGGCCGAGAGGAGUACCAGGCUGAGGUCCACUUCUACAAGAAGAAUGGUGUGGCCUUCUGGUGUCUCUUAGACAUCGUGCCCAUAAAGAAUGAGAAGGGCGAAAUGGUCCUCUUCCUCUUCUCGUUCAAGGACAUCACUGACACCUAUGGAAGGAGCCACCACAACAGCAGGAAGGACGGCUCAGAGGACAAGAGGCGCAGGAGGAAGAGCGGCUCUCACUUCAGCGAGGCCAGGAAGCGUGGACGCACCAUGUUGUACCACCUGACCAGCCAGUUCUCGAGGGGAGGCAAAAGAGAGGUCAACCUGGGUGGCAGUAUCAUUGAGAAGCCCGUGAUACCGGAGUACAAGGUGGCAGCAGUGCAGAAGUCGCGCUUCAUUCUGCUCCACUACAGCGUGUCCAAAGCCCUGUGGGACUGGCUCACUCUGCUGGCCACCUUCUAUCUGGCUGUCACCGUGCCCUACAACGUCAGCUUCACGCCGUACGAUGACACCGUCACAGCUGCACGCUCCACCAUCGUCAGCGACAUUGUAGUGGAAAUGCUCUUUAUUAUAGACAUUAUCCUGAACUUCUGCACCACCUUUGUGAGCCACUCAGGGCAGGUGGUGUGUGACUCGCACUCCAUUUGCGUUCACUACGCCACCACCUGGUUCUUUGUGGACCUGGUGGCCGCUCUGCCCUUUGACCUACUGUAUACCUUCAACAUCACAGUGAACCCCUUGAUCCAACUGUUCAAGACUGUACGCCUGCUGCGCCUCCUUCGUCUUCUUCAGAAGUUGGAUCGCUACUCCCAGUACAGCACCAUGGUGCUGACCUUACUAAUGUCUGCGUUUGCCCUGCUGGCACACUGGAUGGCCUGCAUCUGGUAUAUGAUUGGAAUCAUGGAGAUAACGUACUAUGAGACCACGAACAUUGGGUGGCUCCAUGAGCUGGGCAAACGUCUGGAGAAGCCCUACAUCAACAGCACGAUGGGCGGCCCGACAGUAUACAGCUCCUACAUCGCUGCCCUUUACUUUACCCUCAGCAGCCUGACCAGUGUGGGCUUUGGCAAUGUCUGCGCCAACACCGAUGCUGAGAAGAUCUUCUCCAUCUGCGCCAUGCUCGUUGGCGCGCUAAUGUACGCCCUGGUCUUCGGUAACGUGACGGCCAUCAUCCAGCGUCUGUACUCACGACGUUCUAUGUACCACACACGCAUGAAGGACCUGAAGGACUUCAUCCGUGUCAACCGUCUCUCCCAGCAGCUCAAAACAACGAUGCUGGAGUACUUCCAGACCACAUGGUCUGUCAACAAUGGUAUAGAUGCUAACGAGCUCCUACACGACUUCCCUGACGAGCUGGCGCGCGACAUCGCCAUGCAUCUGAGAUAAGGACAUCUCCAGCUGCCGGUCUUUAAGGGGGCCAGUCGUUGCUGCCUGCGCUUGCUCUCCCUCCAUAUACAAAGCUACUUCUGUGUCCAUGGGGAGUACCUCAUCCGUCAAGGCGAUGUGCUGCAUGCCAACUACUUCGUCUGCUCCGGGUCUCUGGAGGUGCUGAAAGACUGCAUGGUGCUGGCAAUAUUAGGAAAAGGGGACCUGAUUGGGUCUGAUCUGCCUAUAACAGACCAGGUGAUCAAGACCAAUGCCGAUGUGAAGGCGCUGACCUACUGUGACCUCCAGUAUAUCAGUGUGCGAGGCCUGGGAGAAGUGCUGGGACUCUACCCUGAGUACGCCAGUGUGUUCACCUCCGACAUCCACAACAACCUCACCUACAACCUGCGGGAGGGCAGUCAGGACGAGGGCCACAGCAGGUUCUCAAGGUCCCCCAGGCUUUCUCACGAACCCAGGCUCUCCUCCAUCGUGGAAACAAAGGGGGAUGACCCUGAUGACACCUUCCACCUCUCUCCAGCGACCCGCUCCCGUCGCAACCUCCUGCUGCCCAGCUUCAGCAGCCCCGUUCGCCGUACCUCCCUGGGAAACCUGCUGGGGGAUGAGCUGCGGCAGUUCAACGCCCUGCGACGCUGCCGUUCACCAAACCUCAGUCGUGGCCUCCACGGGCAGGGCUCGUCCCCUCAGCCACCGUCAAAAAAAGAGCACAGCACCCCUACAGCCACCCCAGCUUCAACAUCUUCAGCCCAGGGAGAGUCAGGGGCUGAGCAAAAGCCUUCAAAGCUGCUUAUCCCAACUGUCACCUGCUUUGGACCCCCAGAUCUUAGUCCCAGGGUUGUAGACGGCAUCGAAGACAAUGGACACACGUUCCAUUUCAACGUGGAGCACAGCAGGCCUAAGGCCAGUACAGGAGGCACCACCCAAGACUCCACACAGGCUAAUGUCACUCUGCUGCUGGAGACGGAGGAGGUCAGACAGAGCAUCAGUCAACUCAACCAAAAGAUGGGCACAUUAAACCAGGAAGUAUCUGAGCUCACCAAGGGCCUGCACCACAUGAUGCACCUCCUCCAGGCCCACGUAUCUGUGCAACACUACAAAGCCUCCCUCCCCUCAUACCCAUAUGGCGUCCAAAUGGUGUCAAGCCCUCCUACAGCCCCCAACACUGGUAUGCCCUUUAACCUAGCUUCAACCUACCACGUCCACAACGAUCCUGGGAGUCAUGAAGGCCACGGCCACCAAAGCAUCCUACCCGCUGGUCACUGGAGCUACAGUGCAGCUGCUGAAACCCAGACAGAGAUCCACCACCGGCCUCAAUCCUCUAGUCCACCUGCUAACUCCUGUCCGACCCUGUCUGUAAACUCUGCACCCAGGUUAGGCCCGUGUCAUGGCUCUGAGAGCGUGACCGCACAUCUGUGGAGCAGCUCGUCUCUACUUAACGUCAGCCCAGGCUUCCAGGGUGGAAGUCCAGGCCUUGCACCUCAUGCUGGACAUGAAGACUCUGACAUCAGACCUCUCAGUGCUAGCCCAACCGCCAUCAGCCAGUCCCAGCCCACUUUGUGCCUGCAGCCUCCCAGCGAUAGUGAUGAAUACUCUUGCCUUUUGUCCAGUGCCCCUACAAGUACGUCCACACACAGCCUGCUGGACUCGCCACCCAGUUCUUACCCUGAGGACAUUUGUGUUCUUAUGUCCACCACAGCAUCUCAUAAUCUGAACCAGGACACCUCCAUCUUCCAAAUCGAGGACUCAAUCCACCCUAUGUCUGCCUCUCCACCCACAUUGACAGGCCAACCUCGCGGAUCCUCCCUGGAUUCGGGAUCACCUCGAUCAGAAGCUCUGGACCCCCACCUUCCACUGGGCGACCCAUCUGCCAUAGAACACACCAGUCUGGAGUGCCUACUGGGAAACGGGGGCUCUAUGGAGAGCAGGGACAGUGAAAGCGCAUCAUCGCGAAGGUCCAGCAUUGGCGUCCAGACUCAGAGCACAGAGCAGUCGUGGUGUCUGGACCUCACAGAUUAAACUGUGCAUGUUUCGGGGGCAGACUCACUGACUCUAGUUAAUAACUCUAGUUAACAACAGAGUUAAUAACUCUAGUUAUUAACUAACAUGCAACUUCUGACAGUAUUUAAAGAGACUCAGCUGGAGAUUGUCAAUGUGUGCUGUAUUUCCCCCUCUUAAGUCCUGGGCUCUCAUAUUUGUCAAACUCCACGCAAUUUUCACCAUUUCUAUGCAAGAGCAUGUAAUUUGUGCAUUAUUUUGGCUUUAUUGAAGUGUGUCUUUUUAAAGAAAAAAAAAAAGUUCCACAUCUGUGGCUUCCAGUAUAUACUGUAUAUUUUUUCCAACAUCCUCAGAGCAAUUUGCAGUGGAUAAUACCUGUUACCUCCUUGCAUGGUAAAGUUGUUUAUUCUUUUUCCUAAGGAAAAGGUUUUCAAAUCAAUGUGUAAGCAUUCUACAUGACAACCUGUUGAUUGUGUACACAGAUACUGUAUUUGUAAGGCAGACAGGUCCGAGUAGCUGGAUGUUUAAAUAUACAGA